UCAUAGUAAGCUACUAAAACAAGACAAAAUGGCGCCCUCCGCAAUAGAAACGACCACCAUAACGGAGACAGAAGAGUCCCUUCCCAAGCUCGUCGCACCCCAAGCCGCGCCCAGGAAAUAUGACAUAGUCUACGUCAAUCUGCUUACAUUCGGCUACGCGCAUCUCGCUACACUGUAUGGAGUGUAUCUAGCCUGUACCACCGCCACGUGGAAGACUUUGAUGUUUCAUCACACAUUAUUCAUAUUGGCGGCGGUGGGAGUGACAGCGGGCGCGCACCGCCUGUGGACGCACCGCGCGUACAAGGCCAAGAUGCCGCUGCAGAUCAUACUGAUGUUGAUGAACUCGCUCGCCUUCCAGAACUCCGCAAUCUACUGGAUACGCGAGCACCGCAUGCACCACAGAUACAGCGAUACAGACGCCGACGCGCACAACGCGACGCGCGGCUUCUUCUACUCGCACAUGGGCUGGCUGCUGGUGCGGAAACACCCCGAGGUGAUGCGUCGGGGCAAGUUCAUCGACAUGUCCGAUAUCUACGCCAACCCGGUGCUUACAUUCCAGAAGAAAUACGCAAUCCCGGUAUUUGGCACCAUCUGCUUCGCGCUCCCCACUCUAAUCCCCAUGUAUUUCUUCGGUGAGACCCUCAACACUGCGUGGAACCUCACCAUCAUGCGCUACGUGUUCAACCUUCACAUAACAUUCCUGGUCAACAGCGCUGCUCAUCUUUGGGGCAACAAGCCAUACGACAAGAACAUGUUACCCGCUCAGAACCUCCCCGUCUCCUUCAUAGCGUUCGGCGAAGGUUUCCACAACUACCACCAUGCGUUCCCAUGGGAUUACAAAACGGCGGAGCUCGGCAACAACUGGCUGAACUUCAGCACCAAGUUCAUUGACUUCUUCGCUUGGAUCGGCUGGGCGUACGACCUGAAGGAGGUGCCUCUAGAGGUAGCGCGAGCGAGGGCCGAGAGGACGGGCGACGGGAGCAACUUGUGGGGCUUUCGAGACAAGACUGAGUGAAGCAUGUGAUGAUCGGCUAGUUGACAGUUGUAGCAAUUCUUUCCCAUUAUGACUUCGCAUGGUGCAUAUUGCCAGUCUUCAAGUGAUAAGUUUUAUAACACGUUUGCUCGUAACGUGCUUAGUAAAGCGAACUGACAGAAAUCGUCACGCAAUGAAAAAGCGUUACGUCAACAUUAUGACAACCCAUCCCUCUCUAUCUCAAUGUCUCUUUCUAUAUACGGUUGUAUGUGUGUGUUUGGUGUGUCCGUGUGAUUAUAAAUAAUCAUAUUUUAUAUUUAAUCCUUAAUAUUUUUUUCUGAAAUGAAAAUAUUUAAUGAAAUCUAAAUUAUUAUUUAAAUACUUAUUGUGCUUUGAAAAUUGUAUGAAAAAUAGAAAAAGAAGGUGAGAGUGAGUAAGAGAGGGACAUAAACGUGGCUGUGC